AUGGAUGAGCCGCCGCAUCUCAUCAUUGCAGUCGACUACGGUACCACCUUCACUGGCAAGUAUCGCACACCUCACUUGCAACGAACUUGCGUCGCGUUUUGCGAGACAGAUCCAACAGGUCUUCCUCAAGGGCACACCGAGGUUGUCAACGAUUGGCCUUCACCCGGUACCAAUGUUAGCACGAAUGACAAGGUCCCCUCCGAGAUCUCUUACAAAGAAGAUGCGCAGUUGUGGGGGUUUCAAAUCCCUCCCGACGUGUCACGCCAUCGGUGGUUGAAGCUCCUGCUCCAGAACGGAACCCGAUGUCAAUUCCCAGAAAUGAAGGGGAAGAUCUCGAACGCACCCUGCGAUGCCGAAAAAGAACCUCUCGACAUAAUUGAGGAUUAUUUGCGCAAUAUCAAGCUUCACCUCUUCAAGAAGCUGGACGACCGGUACGGAAAGAGCAUCUGGCGGGGAUAUCCUGUCGUAGUAGUCAUCACGUACCCAUCACUGUGGUCAGCUGCAACGCUUCACCGAUAUGAGCUAGCAAGCCGCAAGGCUGGAUUCUACUACACCGAGCUCGGCAGGUUGGUGAGGUUCGUGCGCACGACCGAGGCUGAAGCGGCGGCGAUCUAUACCAUAAAGACAUUGCAAGGAACUCCCACUGGAGAUAGUUUCGCACUUGAGGACGGAUUGAUGGUCGUUGACAUGGGUGGAGGUACCAUCGACCUUGCCUCCUAUCACGUCAGCCAACUACAGCCAAUCGUUGUCGAGCCAGCUACAGACGGUAGUAGUCGCCAAGGAUGUGGUAACACUGUCGAUAAAGCCUUCUUCCGAUACCUCGAACUCAGUUUGGGAACUGCCAACUUCAUCGCGGUCACCGACCAUACGAGUGAAGAUAUACCCUUCCACAUGCUCGGGAAGAAAGCGACCAGGAUGCUCGAAGAUUUUUCACUGGAGGCAAAAUCCGUCUUCUCUGGCACAGAGAAUUUCUUCAUCCGCUUGCCCGGCCUCCUCGCUGGAAUCGCAGACGACGAGGCGCGAGGUAUCUGCGACGGCGAGAUAGCCAUCACGGCCGAGGAUAUGAAGUCUAUGUUCCAUGAAACUCUCUCAAUUGCGUACGAAGAGAUCGUGAAGCAGAUUGGCGAAGCAAAUAAGAACAACGUGAUCAUCAAGCACAUCUUCCUCGUAGGAGGCAUGGCAGAAUGCCCCUACGUGCUGAGCAAAAUUACCGAGUUCUCCCAAGCCCUGAAUGUGGGAGUGACACGACCAGCUUAUGCAUGGUCCGCCGUAGUCCGAGGAGCAAUAACACAGGGUUUCAAGGUCCAGACUCCAGCAACAACGGAGAACUUGAUAUGCCCUCGUCACUUUGGCUUCACUUUCUCGCCGCCGUUCAUCCAAGGCAGACACCAUGAGGUGGAUGCGUUUGUCUGCGACUUCACGGGUGUGAAGAAGGCCAAUAACCAGAUGGAAUGGCUUCUGAAGAAGGAUCAGGCGCUUGCACCCAAAGCCACGGUGCAUGCCAAAUGGUCGUUCCAGCACUUCUUUUGGUCGGGAGAGUCGAGGGUGAUUAGGAUCGAUCUGUUCGCUUCCAGGGCAAAGAAGGGUCCAGCGCGUGUAGACAAAGACGUUGAGAAGGUCGCCACUCUGAGGGCUGAUAUGGGCCGUGUACCCAUCGACAAGUUCAUUUCACGACAUGUUCCUGGUACCGGCAAACAUUUGAAGCUCGAGUAUGAACUUCAGUUGCUCUACAAGUCGUCUGGCCUAAAGUGCUCGAUUGUUGUCGAUGGCGUCGUCUAUGCGUCCGCGACCAUCACUGCAUAA